AUGGCCUCCUCUCCCAUUGCCGGACUCCUGUCUCCCACACGAAGUAACAGACGGAAGGAAAGGAGAAACCCAUCAGUUACACCGAGACGAUUUGGACGAUUCUUCACUCCUCGUUCCCAGGAACUUAGAGGCAGGCGGAUACUGGCCACCCAGGAUACCGCGGCUACCAAUCAGCAACCACGCUCACCGCGGAUGUUGGCUAGCGACCCUCUGACCCCGGAUAUCGUCUUGUCCUCUCCCUCGAAGAGCCCUAGGUCGACAAGGGCCGCGGACAAUGAGGGAAGCCUCGACGAGUCUUUGGUCGAGGAGAGGUCGAGGCCGACUAGCAGGGAGGUUCAGCUCCCGCGGAUCACAUUCGAUAUCGGGGACAAUACACAACCUGGACAGGACGUCCUGGGAGAUUGGCGCAAGGCAACUCUGGUGAGACAAGGACAUCGUGAUGAGGUCAUGGAGAAGAGUCAAUUCUUCAAGGCUAGCCGGGGCCGAGCUCCAAAUUCGAAGGACCGACAAUUGACAGAUGCUUCACAGAGCCCAACGCCGAAACGACAAAAGAGAGGGGAUGCCCUCGAGACACAUGAGCCUAUUCCCAUCAAGAAGUUCGCUAACAUGGGCUUCGGUGCUCAGAUGCUCGAACGUGAGCAUGGGUUCGCUAUGGACACAGGCAAACAAUAUCUAGCAUACCCGGCAUGGGAUGAGAGGGCUGAAACUGCAAACUUCUGCAGCACGAAUGCCGACUGGUAUGCAAAUGAGUCUCUGGUGCAGGGACAAGGAAACCCUCUGCCCUUCUGCCUGGCCAGCUGCAGCAAAUCACCCGUUACAGCCAUUGGCGAUGAGCAAGGAUAUGUACGCCUCUUCAGAACAGACGACGGCCACGAGCGGCAGGACAAAGUAUACGAGACACUGCUCAUGCACGAUAAUGCCGUCAUCGACGUCGCUUUUUCACAGGACGACAUGCGCCUCGCUACCGCCGCCGGUGACAGAACAUGUGGAAUUGUUGAUGUCACAACCAUGAAGGUCGCUGUUUCUCUUGCAACUCACCACAAGAGUUCUCUGCGGCAGGUCGCAUUCCAGCCAGGACAGAGAAAUGGCGACGUUUUGGCCACAAGCGAUCGCGAUGGCACCAUUGCUAUCUGGGACCUUAGGUGCAGCCAGCUGCCCGCGAGGGCCUUUUCUUCAAUCGUCAAUGAUUCUUCAACGCGGCGGCGAAUCUACCCACGAGACGAUUCUCUCGAUGCGGUCCACGGAGUCGCCAGCAACGUGAUCCCCGCAGCCCACUCUCGCCUGACAGAAGGCAGGUUUACCCCAGCCUCGCUCACAGCCAUCCAUUGGUUUCCUGAUGGCCGGGAACACCUCCUCCUGUCUGGCUCCGAGGCUAACGCAUCAAUCAAACUCUGGGACACUCGAUAUAUCAAGCCUGUCAGGGCUCAAUCUACCCCGCUCGCUCAAACCGCUGCUCCUCGCCAUCAUACUUUCCGCUCAUAUGGUAUCACCUCGAUUGCCAUGAGUUCUGAUGCUGCGAGGUUCUACGCUGUUUGCCGAGACAGCACAGUUUACGCAUACUCGACCGCUCAUCUCAUGCUUGGGGAGGCGCCGGAGCUCGUCUACAAUGCCAUCAAGCGCAAGCCCCGUGCUAUCGAAGGCAUCGGGCCUCUCUUUGGUCUCAAGAACGAAUCGUUCAGCGUCGGGACCUUCUUCAUCAAGAGCAAACUUCGCCCUGCAUCUGGCUCCAGCCCAGAGCUUCUCGCCGUCGGCAGCACAUCCGGCUGCCCAAUGCUCUUCUCCACAGAUGAACGCUAUAUGCGGACCGCCUGGGCCGCCAACAGCCACAUUCUAAAGCCUGAUCCCGUCUUGAUCACUCCUUCUCAAUCCUUCACGGCCACAAACACGCCAGCUUCUCUCACUCCUUCGAAUUGUGAUAUCCCCAUCUACCGUUCUGGUACCCCUCUGGUCCGCGGUCAUGAGCGAGAAGUCACCAACGUUAGCUGGACUCACCAAGGAAGACUAGUGACUGCUUCUGACGAUGGCAAUGUCCGUCACUGGCAAGAGGAUGCCGCCAAGGCACGGCAUCUGAGACAAGUGGGCGAUUUUGGCGGUGAGAGAUGGAUGUCUGGCUGGGCAGACGUAGGAGAUGAGUGGGACCUGGACGAUGACGAGAUUAUAUCAUAA